AUGGACACUUGCGAUCAUGCCACUGCACUAGUGCCCUUCUCACAACAACCAAUUGUGAUCUUGGGUGCGGGGAUCAUUGGAUGUGCAACAGCCCGUCAACUACUCCAGUCCGGCUUUCCCGUGGUCUUGGUGGCCGAAUAUUUGCCUGGAGAUCAAGAUAUCAACUAUGCAUCUGCUUGGGCAGGAGCAGCCUGGCACGCUGCUGGGGGCAUCACGCCUGAACAACGGUAUUUUCAAGCUGUGUCGCACCGUGUCCUACUCAAGAUGGCCCAGAAUCCCGAAUCCGGUGUUAGUCUUGUCAAUGCUCGCGAAUAUUUAGAAGAAAGGCCAGCUCCUGAUUCCGCCAUCUGGGGUAAAACUGUUGUUGCAAAGGCACUUGAACCCACCCCACUUUUUCGGGAGAUGAAUCGCGAUGAGUUUCCCAACAACUUCUAUUGUGCGUGGUCCUAUGAGACUUUGGUCACGGAUCCCUCAAUCCAUAUGCCUUAUCUCGGGAAACAAAUCACGAGUUUGGGUGGAAAAUUCAUCCGGCAGCGAAUCCAGUCCCUGCAAGAGUUGUUUGGGAUUUUCCCAGAAUCCAAGAUAUUCAUCAAUGCCAGCGGGAUCGGUAGUAGGACCCUCACGGACGUACUGGAUGAUCGUUGCUUUCCCGAGCGAGGGCAGACAGUCUUUCUCCGGACAAAAAAAUGUGAUACCAUGUACUUUCGCAAUGGUAAGGAAUACACUUAUAUCAUUCCACGACCUUUAUCACAUGGUGUGGUUCUGGGCGGUGUAAAACAACAAGAUAAUCUAUGCCCGGAUGUUGAUCUAGAUAUCGCGCGAGAUGAAAUCGCACGGACCCAUCGACUCGCCCCCGACGUCGUGCCUGAACACCCUGCAGACGAGGAUAUCACCCAUAUUAUUGGAAUUCGACCCUCCCGGAAAGGCGGGUUUCGUUUGGACUCGGAGCAAAAAGGCAAUCGGACUAUCAUAUCAGCUUAUGGAUUUGGUGGUGGCGGAUACGCCUUCUCCUAUGGAAUCGCCAAUGCAGUGGUGAAGAUGGUGGAGAAGGUGGAAUGUGAGAAUGUGAUUCUAUGA